UUCUUUCUCUUUAAUUGCCCUUAAAACACACACGCUCUCACAUAACACGGAAGGUGAGAGCUGAAUGAAGUUUUCUGGGUAAUGGCUUGAAAUGUUUUCCUUAUGAGAAGUGGUGUUGAGUUACAGCGUGUGCAGACCAGACCGAGAACUGGGAGGAGAGAAACAGCAGCCCCGACCCGGCCCCCACCUUUUCUGGGGCUUGUAGGAAGGUGGACAUGGGCUCCCAGAGACAAGACAAGUGAUAUGUUGAGCUGUCCGGUGGCUGGAAUCGACUGCUCCUGGAGCGACCCGCAGCCAGUGUUUACAGGGCUUCUCCAGGGCCAGCCAAGCAGGCACGGAUGCUCUGCUGUGAGAUGCCACGCAGGCAGAGACUGACAAGCGCUAGGAGCUGAGCUCCCCCCUUGGGCUGCUGUUUCCUGCUGUGUUCAGGGGAGGGGGCGCUUUCUGGCAACUCGGCUGCUGCUGGCGCUGCUACUUCAGCUCCCUCUCCACCCAAGGUAAGCAGGCUCCAAGGGAGGGCAGGCUGCAAGGGAAGCCUUUGUACCAUGAACAGGAUCCGAAAGUUUUUCCGAGGAAGUGGGCGAGUCUUGGCAUUUAUAUUUGUGGCUUCUGUCAUCUGGCUGCUCUUUGACAUGGCAGCUCUCCGCCUCUCAUUCAGUGAGAUCAACACCCGGGUCCUCAAGGAAGACAUCGUGAGGAGGGAGCAGGUAGGAUUCAGAGUUCAGCCAGACCAAGCGCAGGUUUUUUACAGCAGCGUAAAAGAGAUGAAGCCUCCCCUGAGGGGACAGGGGAAGGGGGCAUGGGGCAAAGAGAACUUUAGAAAGACUGAGGAGAGUGUGCGCAAGGUUCAGGAUGACUUGGACCAAACCCAGAGGGAAAGAAAAAUGCAGAACGCUCCGGGAAGGGGCAAGGUUGUGCCUUUGUGGCAUCCUGCACGUCUGCAGACUCACCCAGUGACUCUUACCAAGCAGAAGACAGAAGGGAGAGGCAUCAGACCUGAAGCUUCCUCUCACCAGGUGACACCAAAGCAAGCAACAGUUCAGGGGGCUCAGGAAACUCCAUUCAUACCAGCAAGAGGAACUCCCUUGGUCAAAAAAUUGGCACACAUAGGACCUGUCAGUAUAAAACAAGAGGCCCUGAAGAGUCAUAAGCUCAGCAGUGACACGUCAAAACAAGCAGCCGUAAAGGACCUAGACGUGACCAUUGGUCUUAGUGCUAACAGAUCAAAGCAGCACUCACAAGCAGGAGCAAACGAGAGAGCAUACCCUGCCAGCCCACCAGUGCCAAAAUCUGGGGAAGACAUAGCCUUAAAUAAAACUGAGACUUGGAGCAAAGAAUUAAAUGCAAAUAAACACAAAGCCAAUAAGGGUCAUCCUUUUGCCAAGUUCAUUGUCAAUUCAAAUAGCUUAAAGAAGCAAUCUAUUAAUGAGACACAGUUGGUAGGCUUGCCAAUGGAGGAUGGAGCUGAAGAGGCUCAUGGGAAGAAACUCAGUUUCUCUGAAAGCCAUGUCGUGAUUAUAACCAAGGAGGAGGAGCUAAAGACAGACCCCAAAGAGGACUCCAAUUCUAAAACCAAAACUAUGUUCCCCAAAGUAUUGGGUGAAAGCCAAGGUAAACACAUUUCCAGGAAUAGAAGCCAGUCAUCUUUCUCUUCACUUGCUCUACAGAGAGUAACAGUGUCUCAAACCAACCAAUCUUUAGCUGGGGAGCUCAAGCUAGCAAGAACUAACUUAACUGCCAGGGACCAGCCUGCAGAACACAACCAUAGUCAUAUAAAAGCCCUUUUAUCUGAAGACCAAGGCAUGCACCGUGUGUUAAAAAUGGAUGUGACACUUUCUCCAAGGGACCCCAAAGCUCCAGGGCAGUUUGGACGUCCUGUAGUUGUGCCCCAUGGAAAGGAGAAGGAGGCAGAAAGAAGAUGGAAAGAGGGAAACUUCAAUGUCUACCUUAGUGACUUGAUCCCGGUGGACAGAGCCAUUGAAGACACGAGACCUAUUGGGUGUGCAGAACAGCUAGUUCACAAUAACCUCCCAACCACGAGUGUCAUCAUGUGUUUUGUGGAUGAGGUGUGGUCCACACUCCUGAGGUCCGUUCAUAGUGUCCUCAACCGCUCUCCUCCACGCCUCAUCAAGGAGAUUCUGCUGGUAGAUGACUUCAGCACCAAAGACUACUUAAAAGAUAAGUUGGAUAAAUACAUGUCUCAGUUUCCAAAAGUCCGGAUUCUUCGCCUCAAAGAGAGACAUGGCUUAAUAAGAGCCAGGCUGGCAGGUGCACAAAUUGCAACAGGUGAUGUACUGACGUUUUUAGACUCUCACGUGGAAUGUAAUGUUGGUUGGUUGGAACCUCUACUGGAAAGAGUUUAUUUAAGUAGAAAGAAGGUAGCCUGUCCCGUAAUUGAAGUCAUCAAUGAUAAAGAUAUGAGUUACAUGACAGUGGACAACUUCCAAAGAGGCAUCUUUGUGUGGCCCAUGAACUUUGGUUGGAGAACAAUUCCUCCAGAUGUUGUUGCAAAAAAUAAAAUUAAAGAAACUGAUAUAAUAAGGUGCCCUGUCAUGGCUGGUGGAUUAUUUUCUAUUGACAAAAAUUACUUUUUUGAACUUGGAACAUAUGAUCCUGGCCUUGAUGUUUGGGGUGGAGAAAAUAUGGAGCUCUCAUUCAAGGUGUGGAUGUGUGGUGGCGAGAUUGAGAUCAUCCCCUGUUCCCGAGUGGGCCACAUAUUCAGAAAUGACAAUCCAUACUCCUUCCCCAAAGACCGGAUGAAGACAGUGGAACGGAACUUGGUGCGGGUUGCUGAGGUCUGGCUGGACGAAUACAAGGAGCUGUUCUAUGGCCACGGGGACCACCUCAUAGACCAAGGCUUAGAUGUCGGCAACCUCACUCAGCAAAGGGAACUGCGAAAGAAACUGAAAUGCAAAAGUUUCAAAUGGUACUUGGAGAAUGUCUUUCCAGACUUAAAGGCUCCCAUUGUGAGAGCUAGUGGUGUGCUUAUUAAUGUGGCCUUGGGUAAAUGUAUUUCCAUUGGAAACACUACAGCCAUUCUGGAAGACUGCGAUGGGAGCAGCAAGCUUCAACAAUUUAAUUACACGUGGUUAAGACUUAUUAAACAUGAAGAAUGGUGCUUGGCCCCCAUCCCUGAUAAAGGAGCCCUAAGGCUGCACUCUUGUGAUAACAGAAACAAAGGGCUAAAAUGGCUGCAUAAAUCAGCUUCCGUCUUUCAUCCAGAACUGGUGAAUCACAUUGUUUUCGAAAACUAUCAUCAGUUGUUAUGCUUGGAAGGAAAUUUUUCUCAGAAGACCCUGAAAGUAGCUGCUUGUGACCCAAUGAAACCAUAUCAAAAGUGGAAAUUUGAAAAAUAUUAUGAAGCCUGAAGUGGAACUGAUUUUUUCCCCCUGGUAAAUCCAUUAAAUACUGUGAAAAUAACAGCAACUUGGUGACUGUAUUUCUCAGUGGUAGUUUAAAUUUUCAAUCUUAACAGCAUUUGGAUGGAAGAUUUUUACAAAUCACAAUAUUUGGAAUACCGAAAGAUAACUCAGGGAAACAGUCCGACAUUGGGCUGGAGUCCUUCUUCAGCUCUGUGUGGCCUUUGGAAUUGCCUGCUUCCCACUCUGUGCUAGAACUCAUCCUGCAAGUUUCCCCACGCAAGCUGACAGGUAACCAGGAACGAACACAGAAGCACUUGAGGAAACACAAUGGUACUCCUGAUGACUGGGCUAGGUAAUGACAAAGUCUUUUGGCCCAGAAGUAGGUAUGGUUAUUGAAAACCUCAUCCCUUGUUUUCUGUUUUUCUCAUUAAAUAAAAACUGCUUGAGUUCUUAUCACUAGAAGAGUUCAGAUGCCCACAGCCCACACCUUUGUGAAACCCCUCCAGGCUACAUGCAUGUUUAUGUAGCAGUUUGCAAUAGUAUUGAUCUAUACAAUUGAUGGCCUUAGUUGAUGACAGCAUUUCAAUCUAGAUUGCUGUAUAAUGUUUUUUCCCAGUUUCAGUCAGUGGAGAAACUUUUAAGUGAGCAAGAAGAGACCUUCAAGUGCUUAUGCAGUUCUAGGCAGGGACAUUAUGUCAGCCCAUUUUGUGUUUUUAAAACUGCACUUUGAAAAUUUGAUCAUACCGAUAACUUCUUAGACUUAUGCGAAUAUUACAAAAAAGAAACCAAAGGCAGCAAAACCGAGGGUGGCUCACAACACACUGUAGUAACCAAAAGUACAUUUAAACAUUGAACUCAUUCUAAUGCAAGGCCAAGUAAGAGGAGUUAAAACAAGUAAAGCAGAAAUGGAGCUGAAAGCUUCUUUUAUAUGAAAAUAAUAAAACACUACUUUCGAUUUAGCAGCAUUCACAGGAAUGAAAUCUGCUAAAAACGGGCUUUGAAAGAUUUCAAAGUAAAAAUAAAGUGAAGGAAACAUAAUGAAAGGGGAAAAGAAUGAGGUAAACAACUCUUAGGAAGACAGUUAGGAAAAAAUUGCCCUAAAUUUGGCCAAAGAAGAACGAGAAUCUGGUAUCUUUAUGGGGGAAAAAGAGAAUAAAGUGGGUCCCUCAAUGUGGACCCAGAGAUAAAAAUGUCAAAUUUGGGGAAAAGUUAAAUAUUUCUUUGAUGCAAAUGGAGCCUCUAAUCUUAUAUAUCUUAGUAUCUUACCAAUACUUAGGCAUGCCAGGAAAUAUCCUAGAAAUCAGGAUAUCCUUUACAUUCAUUUCAAUAAGAAAAUUGAUGCCCAGAAGACAAAUUACCUGUCUAAAAAUUCCAAGCUAGUUAAGUGAAAAAAUCAAGGUUAGAACUGGGAGCUCCAGAGACAGGGUUCAUUCUACUGCCUCAGGCCACUGGCCUAAACAGAACUGCUCCAGGAUAUUCCUUAGAAAAAGACACACGAAUCUCUUUUCUGGGGUUGGGUGCUAUGCUAUAGUCUUGUUGAUAUUUUUAAGAUUUUUUCUUUUUUAAAAAACUUUGUUCAGUUGAGAUGAUGAAGAAACUGGAUAUCUUUUGUUCUGAGUUCCUGUUUAACAUUUGAUUUUAGUUGCCAACUAAUUAUACACAAGUAAAGCCAUAACUAGGAAUGAUAAAGGGAAACAUUUCUGUACAUUUGUGACAUAUUUAAGAUGUUUUAUUCAAAUAAUCUGACAAUUCCAGAUGAGAUAAGAGAAUGAUGAGAAAAUAAGGUACAGACAUGUGCCACAAAACUAUGUUUUGGUCAACAAUGAACCACAUACAGGAUGGUGGUUCCGUAAGAUUACAAUACAGUAUUUUCACUGUACCUUUUCUAUGUUUCCACAUGUUUAGAUACAAAUGCUUACCAUUGCUACAAUUGCCUACAAUAUUCAGUUCAGUGGCAUGCUGUAUAGGUGUGUAGACUAGGAGCAACAGACCAUACCAUCGGGCCUAGGUGUAGAGUAGGCUGUACCAUCUUAGGUUUGUGUAAGUACAUUCUGAUAUUCAUACAACGAUGUAAUCACCUAAUGACACAUUUCUCAGACUGUCUCCCUAUCAUUAAAGGAUACAUGACUGCAAUUCUUUUCAAAACCGAGCCAGAUGGGGGGAAACCACAAGUCAGUUGCCAAAAGACUAAUUGAGUUAACUGACCAAACUGAAUACCCUGAGUGCCUCAUGUAAUUCCCCCUCUAACUGAAAAAUGUGGAAAGGUUUCUUCUCCCGUCUAUAGACUUUUCUUUUUCUC